GUUCGUAAACAUUUUACGACAUAGCUGGCGAGGAGUCCUUGCUAAGCAAUGACAGUACUUGUAUUUCAAUCCCAGAUCUAUGUUUGAUUAUUUAAAGAAGAGGACUUUGUAUUGGCCUAAUUAUUGUGCCCCUUUGAGCACUAGGAUGGCGCCAAAAUCAUCCAUCACUUGUGUACAAUGUGAGAAAUCAUUUUCGACGAAGCAAGGUCUUGUCAGACAUAUUCGCAUUCAUACAGGAGAAAAACCAUUCCAAUGCCAAUAUUGUGAGAAAUCAUUUUCACGUAAGAAGAAUCAAUUGACUCAUGAACGUAUUCACACUGGAGAAAAACCAUUCCAGUGCAAGUAUUGUGAGAAAUCAUUUUCACAGAAUGGACAUCUAUUGAUUCAUGAGCAUAUUCACACUGGAAAAAAACCAUUCAGAUGUGUGCAAUGUGAGAAAUCAUUUGUAACCAAGCAAAGUCUUGAAAUGCAUAUUCGGAUUCACACAGGAGAAAAACCAUUCCAAUGCAAAUAUUGUUAUAAAUCAUUUCCACAGAAGGGAUAUCUAUUCAUUCAUGAGCGUAUUCACACUGGAGAAAAACCAUUCCAGUGCAAGUAUUGUGAGAAAUCGUUUUCACAUAAGGGAUAUCUAGUGACCCAUGAGCAAAUUCACACUGCAGAAAAACCAUUCAAAUGCAAAUAUUGUGAGAAAUCAUUUUCAGAUAAGAGGAAUACUUUGAAACAUGAACGUAUUCACACUGGAGAAAAACCAUUCCAGUGCAAGUAUUGUGAGAAAUCAUUUUCACAGACUGGACAUCGAUUGAUUCAUGAGCAUAUUCACACUGGAAAAAAACCAUUCAGAUGUGUGCAAUGUGAGAAAUCAUUUGUAACCAAGCAAAGUCUUGAAAUGCAUAUUCGGAUUCACACUGGAGAAAAACCAUUCCAGUGCAAGUAUUGUGAGAAAUCAUUUUCACAGACUGGACAUCGAUUGAUUCAUGAGCGUAUUCACACUGGAGAAAAACCGUUCAGAUGUGUACAAUGUGAGAAAUCAUUUUUCUCAAAGCAGGCUCUAGUCGGUCAUAGUCAUAUUCAUGCAGGAGACGAACCAUUCCAACUCAGCUUCAACUGUAAAUAUUGUCAUAAAACCUUUAAGAGUGAGUCUGGCUUACAAAAACAUAGACGCAGCCACAAUGAUACCUCUCGUAAUACUCGCAAGGUGUCUGAUGCAAGUCCCGGCAAGGAUAAACGGUUAAAGUCAAAAAGUGGCAAAGCUAUGAAAAGUUCUUGUUCAAGGUCUCGUUGUGAGGAAACUGAUGUGGGAGAAGAUGCAGUAGUAUUGACUGGUCCUUCAAAUAGCAAUAAUUCUCCAAAUGGACAAAACCCAGUCCCUGCAUGUUCUGCGACGAAUGAAUGUUUGAUCAGCAGAGAGGCUGAGAGUGAGGUAUCAAAGUUGCCUGCUGCAGUCGGGUGUUCAGACAUGGAUAUCAAGGAUGCUGCUGCAAAAAUGACUGUUAUCAAUGGGAAUGAAACUGUUGGUCUGGGUACAGCCAAAAGUGAAGAUUAUCAAGUUUUGCGGCUGGGUGUGAAACGAGAUUUGAUUGAUCAUCAUUCUAAUCAGCUUGGAAAUGUUAAAAGUCAACUCAUUGACAUGUUUGCUGCCGACCAGUCUGAUGGAAGUGUUGAACCAGCCCUCACAUCUGCUACAGGGCAGUCCAGGGUUGAACUAGACAUACGUUCUGUUCAUGUUACAGAGGAGAGAAAUGUUAACAUUCGGGCCUUCAACCUGCCAUGUAACACAUCUCCUAUAGAACAGUCCAAUGUCAAAAGUGAACCAUGUAACACAUCUCCUAUAGAACAGUCCAAUGUCAAAAGUGAGCCAUGUAACACAUCUCCUAUAGAACAGACCAAUGUCAGAAGUGAACAGUGUGACAUGUCUCUUCAAGAGCAGGGUUAUAUCAUAGAGGUAGUGAGACCGUGUGAUAUGUUAGGUAACAUGUCUCCUUCUAAGCAGGCGAGUGUCAAAGGUGGGCCGUUUGACGCAUUUCCUAAAGAGGGGGCUAAUGUCAAAAGUGAGCCAGGUGACACAUCUCCUACAGAUCAGGUCAAUGUAAAAAGUAAGCAGUGUGACAUGUCUCUUCAAGAGCAGGGUUAUAUCAUAGAGGUAGUGAGACCGUGUGAUAUGUCAGGUAACAUGUCCCCUGUUAAGCAGGCAGAUGUCAAAGGUGAGCCGUUUGACGCAUUUCCUAAAGAGGGGGCCAAUGUCAAAAGUGAGCAAUGUGACUUGUCUCUUCAAGAGCAGGGAUAUAUCAUACAGGUAGUUGGACCAUGUGACAUAUAUCCUACAGAUCAGGCCAAUGUCAAAGGUGAACCAGGUAUUAACAGCGAACCAUGUGACAUUUCUCCUGUAGAGAUGGCCAAUAUUAAAAGUGGAACAAGUGCAACAUCUCCUGUAGGUCUGGGGGAUGACAUGUCUCAAGCAGGGCAUGUUAGGGUAGAGCAGGAAAACUCCAGUGGUGCACAUGUCGCUAUGUCCAAGAUUGAUGAAUACAUUGCAGUGUUUGAUCGCUGGGCAGAAAUGUUGUGUGAAAAUACAGAUUAGGUCAAUAGAAUAUAACUGUUGUAUUCUCCUGUUAAAUCAGUGAUCGAUGAUUCAAAAAGGCGACCAGUCUUAGUCUCAUGUGUAUGGAGGGCUCGGUUUCCUCUUUUUUUUUGGAGUUUUUAGCGAGUUCGAGUAUCCAUGGAA